CGUUCCGCCCCCUCCCGAUGGCAUCGAACUUGCCAAAAAGCGAGCUCAGGAGAUUGCUGCAAGGUUAUUCAGUGUCGCCGAGGCUAAGAGGCCCAGGACUGAAAGCGAUGGCGGUGCGGACGAUUCGAGCUACAAGGGUUUUAGCUCCGAUCAAUCACUAAAGCCAAUGGGUCAGUCUAUAGCAUUGCAACUUGGAGGGACCAAUUCUACUUUUUCUUCUCAUGGCUAUUCAGGUUCAAACAAAAAAGUUGAGAUUCCUAAUGGCAGGGUUGGAGUUAUCAUUGGUCGAAGUGGAGAAACAAUCAAAUAUCUUCAGGUGCAAUCUGGAGCCAGGAUUCAAAUAACUAGAGAUUUAGAUGCUGAUCCUAAUGCACUGACCAGAUCUGUAGACCUUAUUGGUACUCCCGAGCAGAUUAGCAAGGCUGAACAAUUGAUAAAUGAAGUGCUUUCUGAGGCUGAUGUUGGUGGCUCUGGAAUUAUUUCUGCCCGAAAAUUUGCUGCUGUUCCUACUAAUUCUGAUCAUUUUUCAAUGAAAGUUCCCAACAAUAAGGUAGGCUUAAUAAUUGGCAAAGGCGGUGAGAAUAUCAAAAACAUGCAGGCUACUUGCGGGGCACGUAUUCAGGUGAUACCACUGCAUCUACCUCCAGGAGAUCCCUCAACUGAGAGAACUGUACAUAUAGAUGGCACGAAGGAACAGAUUGAAUUGGCAAAGCAGUUGGUCAAUGAUGUUGUAAAUAGCGAGAAUCGUGCUAGAAACCCACAAACAGGAGGAUAUCGCCCACCUAGGCCUCCAACAAGCUGGGUUCCAACAGGAGCACCACAGAUGCAGCAACCUAAUUAUGGCUACAUGCAGCCAGGAGCUUAUCCUGGUCCAGUACCUCAAUAUAACAUGUCUCAGUCUCCUUAUGUUGGAUAUGCAACCUCGGUGCAACAGACCACCCAAGGCACUGCAUAUGAUUACUACAACCAGCAACAGCCACAGCAGCAGCAGCUUCCCCCUCCACCAGUGGGGGGAUCCUCCGUUGCCCUAGAUGGCAAUAAUUACAAUUACAACCAGAUGCCCACAUCCUACAAUGGUCAGGCUCCAUAUGGUGAAUCCACCUAUUCCCAAUCUUCUGCUGGGUAUCCACAAAGUUAUAAUCAAGCAAUUUCAAAUCCACAGUCCGGCUAUGCUCAGCAAAGUUAUAGCUCUGCACCUUCUUAUGGUAAUGCCGCUCCAUCAACUCAGGAGGGAGCUAAUCCCAACUAUGGCGUUGAAACUUCUACUCAACAAGCUCCUCCUGGCCAGCAGCCGAGUGCCGCAGCGCAGCCUGGAUACGUCGCGACUCCUACAUCUCAGCCAGGAUAUGCUAGCCAACCGUCUGCCCAGCCUCCUCUUGGGCAAAAACCACAGCCAUCUCAAGCUUAUGGUCAGCCUCCCUCCUCUCAGGCUGGCUAUGCUCAGCCUGCUCAAGUUUAUGGUCAUUCUGCACAGGUAUAUUCUCAGGACUCUCAGCAGCUUGCAUCGGGGUAUGUUUCCGGGGUUCCGCAGGCGGGCUAUGGGCAACAACAGUCUUACGGCGGAGCUCCGAUAAGUCAUACUACAACCUAUUCUCAGCAGCAGACGCAGCUGUACGGUGAUGCAUAUUCUGGCAAUGCUUAUUCGCAGCCUCCAUAUUCCACUGAUGGUGCACCUGCAACUUCCGCCGAACCAGCUGCGGCUACUGGAGUCACAAAAGCUUCUCCGCAGAGUUGAUCCUUGCUAUUGUUAUUCAUCUACUGAAUUACUGGUUGCCAUGGAAAUAUGGCGAUCCAAGGUUUUGGAGUUCUUUAAGUCUUAAGAUAUGACUUCUAAUUUCUUUUCAAACUAAAUGGUAUAUUAGUAGUACUAGGAGGCUUUAAAUUUGAUGCUACUAUGGUAGGGUGGAAAUAUUAUUAUUUCUGUAGUUUUCAUCUUUGCCUGUGUGGGUACUUCUUAGGUAAUCAGUUAUGCUUGAAGCAUUAUCUUUUACUCUGUUAAUCAGCUUCAAUUCUAUUUUAUGAGGUUUCAUGUUUUUAGGGCAGGAAGAUUGCGGAUGAGGAGUUGGAGAGGAUUGGAGGGCUUGACCCAAUCAAUAGAUUUUGCUGCUAGCCAACAGUAAUAUUUGAAGGAUUCUGCAUUGCUUGCAAGUGAUAAUUGCCUGAUAUUGGCAGGAGAACAUUUGAAUCAAUUUGGUACAACUGAACAUCAUAUUUCUAAUCUCCUCCAGUAUUUUGAUUUUUUUAUUGGCUCUGAUGGGUCCUUUUAUUAAUCGAUCAACAUUUUGACAGAAAUAGUAGUUUUAUGUAAACAUGUUCGAUUUUUCAGGUACAAUUUGAUAUAAAUUUUUUGUUCUUGUCUA